UCUCACUGUUCCUCAACACUGAUUCUGCUUUCUACUCUCUCUCUCUCUCUCUCUCUCUCACUUAAACCACCAUACAUGUUUGCGGCGGAGGUUUUCGGCAUCUUCGCCGUGCACGGCGGCGAUGCUUCGUUAGCAGUUUUCGCCACCAACAACAAGUGCUUCAAAAACGCAGCUUUCACGAGACCCGCUUCCCAUAACGUCGAGAAUACGAGGUUGGCUAAGGCUUUGACGCUUCGUCGAUGCACCAUUGACUCCAAAUCCGUUAGUGACGAUGUUUUUUCGGUUACACCGUCGAACAAGUCUGACGUCGACUACCUCGGGGAAAGCACCAAAGGGGAUUUGAACGUCAAGUUGGAGCAUCUUGAAGCUUUUGGAAUUGAUGGUCAUGGUUCGUUAGAAGGUCCAAUUGAGGAAGUAGCCAGAACAGAGGCUAGGGAAGCAGAAGGUUUGCUAAAAGACUUGGGUAUUCCGAGCCCUUCUUCAUCCAGAAAUUCACCUCGUGGAAUAUUCUGCAGCCGUACAUUGAAUCUACGGUCAAUUAGUGCCAUUGGAUAUGACAUGGACUAUACCUUGAUCCAUUAUAACGUGAUGGCUUGGGAAGGGCGGGCUUAUGACUACUGUUUGGAAAACCUUAAGAAUAUGGGUUUCCCUGUUGAUGGACUUGCAUUUGAUCCUGAGCUGGUAAUUAGAGGCCUUGUCAUAGACAAAGAGAGAGGCAAUUUGGUUAAAGCUGAUCGAUUUGGUUACGUAAAAAGAGCCAUGCAUGGCACCAAAAUGUUAUCUACUCGAGCUGUGAGUGAGAUGUAUGGGAGGGAACUGGUGGACCUGCGAAAGGAGAGUCAAUGGGAGUUUCUCAACACACUGUUCUCUGUAUCUGAAGCUGUGGCCUACAUGCAGAUGGUUGACAGACUGGAUGACGGGACUAUAACACCAGAUCUUGGCCCCCUUGAUUAUAAAGGGCUUUAUAAGGCUGUUGGAAAAGCUCUCUUCUGGGCACAUGUAGAAGGCCGCCUUAAGAGUGAGAUCAUGUCUAAGCCUGAACAGUUUGUGGAGCCUGAUCCGGAAUUACCUUUGGCACUUUUGGAUCAGAAGGAGGCUGGCAAAAAGCUUCUGCUUAUUACCAACUCAGAUUAUCAUUACACGGAUAAAAUGAUGCAGCAUUCUUUUAAUAGAUUCCUUCCCAAUGAUAUGGGUUGGCGAGAUCUGUUUGACAUUGUAAUUGUCUCAGCAAGAAAACCAGAGUUCUUCCAAAUGUCACACCCCAUGUAUGAAGUGGUGACAGGCGAGGGUCUGAUGCGUCCAUGCUUCAAGGCUCAAACUGGUGGUGUGUACUCAGGGGGAAGUGCACAGAUGGUUGAAAAUUCCCUAAAUAUCCAUGGAGACGAGAUAUUGUAUGUAGGUGACCAUAUUUACACUGAUGUCAGUCAAUCCAAAGUCCAUUUGCGAUGGCGGACAGCAUUGAUUUGUCGAGAACUGGAAGAAGAGUACAGUGCCUUGAUUAGUAGCCGCAGUUAUAGAGAAUCAUUGGUGGAGCUUAUAAAUCAAAAGGAGGUUGUGGGGGAUCUCUUCAACCAAUUACGGCUGGCUCUGCAGAGGCGAAGUAAAGACCGUCCUGCUCAGACCCUUGCAGCAACUAACAUGAAUGAUGAAGACCUCACUGAAAGCAUGCAAAAGCUACUAAUUGUUAUGCAAAGACUAGAUGAGAAAAUUGCUCCAAUGCUAGAAGCAGAUGGGGAGCUCUUCAAUUUAAGGUGGGGUUUUCUAUCUCGUGCUGGACUGUGGGAUAAAAGUCACUUGAUGAGACAAAUUGAGAAAUAUGCUGACAUUUAUACAUCUAGGGUGUCAAAUUUUUUAUAUUAUACACCCUUCAUGUAUUUUCGCUCUCAGGAACAGAACCUUGCGCAUGACUCAUACACGCACUAUUGUUCUCAACUCACUAAUGAGUUUUCUUCUUAGGGGAAAAUGGAAGAAAAAGGAGGAUAAAUAGAAGGAAUAAAGUCUGCUGUUGACAUUAUAAGCAAAAGUAUCAGUGUAACAGUAUUUCAUGCUGAUACCUUGUAUUAUUUAAACAGAUAUAAAGUCCAUGAAGGACUCCGGUAGCAUUUUUCCCUUAGCCAAGUGGUGUUUUAGUUGGCCUCUGGUUAUGGGAGAGCAGAAUCCCAAGCAAAAGGAAAAACAAAAAAAUUGCUAGGGAUUUUGUUUCCAACUGACUCUGAUGUUGGCAUGGACUGAAUUCUAGUUCAGCAAUAUACAUGAUGUAAUCAGAUUGACAAUUUGGCAAAACAUAGCGGGAAUUUACUAAUCAAACUUGUACCCUAUAUUUGGUUCAAAUUAAUUUAUAU